AUGUAUUGUUGUAUAGAUGUGUACUCAGUCAAAAUUAAUAUAGAGAAAAACCUCGUGUUUGUCGAGGGCCCAAUUGACCCCAUGACCCUCCUAAACAAAGUCGCGAAGCUCGAGAAAUCGGUCCAACUCCUACCGAACAACAUUCACCAAGAUUGCUAUCGGGGGCCCAUUGGGCCCACCAACCCUCACUACACGAGGAAGAAAGCAAAAGGAAGAAACAAGCCUCACAAGUGUGAGGCAUACAAGCCACUAAAGGUGGACAAGAGAGUGUGUCCGGAUUUUUUCUGCACGAUUCGCCUGAGGUCUCGAUCGAUCGUGGAUAAGGUGUUGGGACAUGAUUCGCUAUUUGGGGGCUUUUCGUUUUUCGGUUUCGGGACCCACCCGGCCGAGGGGUAUCCACCGGGAUUUGGGUACACUCAGCCGCCACCGAUGUUUGGGUACGGCCGGCCGCAUGUCGCGGUUCGACAUCCGUUUAGGUUUCAUUGA